CUCUCUCUCUCUCUCUCUCUAAAACGAUGGCGAACGAAACUGAGCCGGCGAAGCUUCUUCUACCGUACCUCCAAAGAGCCGAUGAGUUGCAGAAACACGAACCCCUCGUCGCCUACUACUGUCGAUUGUACGCGAUGGAACGAGGGUUGAAGAUUCCACAGGGCGAGCGUACUAAAACCACUAAUUCCCUCCUUAUUUCCCUCAUGAAGCAACUUGAAAAGGACAAGAAAUCACUGCAAUUGGGGCCUGAUGACCACUUGCACCUUGAGGGAUUCGCCUCAAAUGUCUUUGCAAAGGCAGAUAAGCAAGAUCGAGCUGGUCGAGCAGAUCUGAAUACUGCAAAGACAUUCUAUGCAGCAAGCAUCUUUUUCGAGAUUCUUAACCAGUUUGGUGAACUUCAGCCUGACCUUGAGCAGAAACAGAAGUAUGCAGUCUGGAAAGCCGCAGAUAUAAGGAAGGCUAUGAAAGAAGGAAGGAAACCUGUACCAGGACCCCCUGGUGGUGAUAAUGAUCUGUCAUUACUGUCCGGUACAUCAAGUGGUGAAUAUGAUCUUGAGCUAAGCAGAAUCGAUCCCACUUUCAAACCUGAAUCAGAACCAGAUCCUUCACCUCGGUUUUAUGACGGAGUUAAACCGCAUCACACUCCAGACAUUCCACCAUCACCAUCACCAUCACCGUCAAAUAGUUCACCAUCACCUUCUCCUUACCCUUCUUCAAAUCAUCCCACCCACGAUUUCCAUCCUCCGCCUCCAACCAACAACAUAUCCGAAAGUCCCAGUUAUCCUCAGCCCUACCACCAUCAAUCCUAUCCACAAGACCCUCAACAGCAUAUUCCACAAAACUACCCAUCUCAAGAUAUUCCGCCCGCUUACACAUAUCCCAAUUUCCAAUCUUACCCCAGUUUUACGGAGAGUAGCCUUCCAGCGGCCCCAUCUCAUUAUCCUUCUUACUAUCAGGGCUCUGAUGCUACUUACUCUACUCCUUCCGCUCCAACCACCGCAAAUUAUGCUCCAACUCCUCAAUAUACCAAUUCAACCAGCAGAAAUGGAACUGUUCCAGAAUCUAAACCAACUUCUACCCCGACAUACCAAUACGACAGCAAUUAUCAGCCGUCACCUGAGAAAAUUGCUGAAGCACACAAGGCUGCAAGGUUUGCAGUUGGUGCUUUGGCGUUUGAUGAUGUCUCUGUGGCAGUGGAUCACCUUAUAAAAUCACUCGAACUACUGACAAAUCCGUCCGCAGGUCAGUGAAUUUAUUGCUUGGUCUUGUGGAUUUGGGCUUGGCAGUAAAUUUUAUCCUUUUUCUUGUCUAAUUUGUUAUGGGUGGGUUUGAUUUGUAAAGUUCUUGAGUUUUCUUUUUAAUUGGCUCAUUUUCAAUGUCAGAAUUACUGUAUCCCAUUUUGCUACACAACGUUACAUGAAAUUUAUUUAUAUGUAGUUGACUGCAGAUUGAAAAAUGAUCAAAGUCUGUUCAUCUA